AUGGUGCUGUUAAAAUGGGGUUGGGUACAACAACGCAUUACUUUCAAAUUUAGACCUGCUGUCUGGAAAAGACGCUACCUUGUGCUCACAACCAUGUCAAUUCAUGUUCAUAAAUCAGAGAAGGGCGUGAUUUCUUCUCUUUUUCAUGAAAAUAUGCCUGAAAUACAUGUCUGGUCAAACUUUAAAUCUGUAGACUCGUACAAGAAACAAAAGAGACUUUCAAAAUAUGCAUUCAUGAUCGAAACUCGGGACCAUCAUCUUUAUGCUUCACUGCGGUUCAAAUGUGCAACAGCGGAGGAGAGGGACAAAUGGAUCACAGCGAUUGACGAACAGCUCAAGCUCACCAGUAAAAUGUGGUCCUCUCGACCAGCCAUCAAAGAAACAGACGACAACGGCUUUUGCAGACUAACAAAGCUAAAGCAGCAAAAUCCCAAGUGCAAUUUGCAAAAUCCAAUCGCCCCUGUAUCUGUGUUGGAUAAAUGGCUGGAACAACUGAACUUUAUGGAUUCCCCUGAAAAACAAUCUGCAGCAAUACGGGACUACAGGCAAGGAUCCAGUUGCUCAGAGACUCCACAUUCGAGAAGGGGCUCUCAUAAAAGAAGCUCAGUUCAAGCAGGCGCUGUUGAAAAGAACGAACAGAGGCCCAGUAGUGGCAUGAACAAGAAAAGAAUGCAGAAAAUCAUUGCAAACUAUUAG